UUGUUGGUUGACACAAUUUCGCAUUUUCUACAAAAUUCUAUUUUAUUUCACAUAGCACUGAUUAAGAAUUACAUUAAUUAAUUAAUUUAAAACACUACAUUAUCACGUUAAGGGUGUGAGUGUUAUCAUAUUGCACGAAAUUUAUUAGGAAAAUAUCAUGGCACACUACAAAGGAGCAGCUUCAGAGGCUGGUAGAGCCAUGCAUCUGAUGAAAAAGCGAGAAAAGGCUCAGCAAGAAAUAGAGCUUCGUAAGAAGAAAAUAGAGGAAGAUCUCAAAAUAGACAACAUCGAGAACAAGUUUGCAACUCAUUACGAUGCUGUUGAACAACAGUUGAAGAGCUCUACUAUUGGCUUAGUAACUCUUGAUGAAAUGAAGGCAAAACAGGAGCAUAUUGUGCGUGAAAGAGAGAAGAAAUUAGCUCAAAAGAAAGCUGAAAAAGAGAAAGAAAAACAGAAGGAAAUUGAAGCCAAAUUGGCACAGAAAAACAAACAAAAACGACAGAUUCAAGCACUCUCCUUUGCCAUGUGUGAUGAAGAAGAGGAAGAAGACAGUGGUCCAGAAACCAGUGGGAUAAAGAAGGAGCCAGAAGAAACAAGUUGGAGGGAGAAGGAGGAACCAACAUUGAAGAAAAUUCGCAAGAACCCAGAUGUAGACACAUCAUUCCUGCCUGACCGGGAGCGAGAGGAGGCAGACCUCAAGCUCCGAGAGGAGCUGCGUUUAGAGUGGGUCAUGACGCAGGCCAGCCUUAAAGAUGAGCCCAUCACGGUCACAUUCAGCUACUGGGACGGGUCGGGGCACAGAAGAAAUGUAACUUUAAAGAAAGAAAAGGCGGAGCGUGCCUCGAAGUCGGAGUUGGCAGCUAAGAUGCGGGUUGCCAAAGGAUAUUACAGGUUGGAAAUGGCACCCCCGGCAAGCAUGGGUGAAAUGGCGAAACUCAAACAGGAGAUCGGUAUAGUAAAAGACUUUAUACAGAAAAAAGGCUACAACAACCUCACCGUGAAGCAAGCUUGGCUUUUGAUCCUCGUUUCAAUCGAAGUUGGAUUGUGGUUCUUCCUGGGUGAAACUAUUGGAAAGUUCCACAUCGUCGGUUAUAAAGUGAACCCUGCAGUUGAAGUUACUUCGUACGGGUCCUCCGGUGCCUGCUAAACGGUCACAUCUAUGUAUUUUAUUUUUUAUAUUAUUGCAGAUUUGGGGGCAUCUUGGUGGGAAACUAUUAGUGAUAAAUGCCUGUUUUUUUAAUUUUCUGUUAUUUGUGAUCAUAAUAGGAGGUCCUAUUUUUUUGUGAUCAGAUCAACUUGUUGAUCUUGUCGAUUGACUUAUUUACAUGUGUAGU